GAGUGUGGCUGACGUAGUCUUUCGUUGUGAUACGCCUUUUUUUAACUUUCUUUUUUUAGUAUUCAUGUGUUUCUGGCUGACCCACUAGGCCUUUGUUUCUUUUUUUACUUCUUGGGCGGGCCUCUACUUUUUGUGUUUCAUAAACGGACCGGACCGAUCUCGUGUGUAAGAGUUGGGUCUAUUUAAUUUUAGACCCAACACGUUUGAAAUUCCCCUUUUAUCCCUCCAAACAGCCACAUAAGUUGGUCUUCGGAGCCGUUGAUGUCUUUCCCAUUUCCCCAUUUCCCAUUUCCCAUUUCCCUUCGCGGCUAGAGGUUGGCGUUGCAGAUAUGCCGCGGCUGUCCACCCCUCAAAUAACUUAUUUCAUUACAUUGUAAUAUUUAAGAAGAAAGUAAAUUAAUAACAAGGGUGUUCCAACUUCCAUGCCGAAAAGAAAGGCUAAGCAUUCUGGAUGGACAUAUGGGAAACGACAAAAGAUUCCAAUCAAUUUGGUUGAUAAGGAAGAGAAUUAUUCGGAGGAGGAUCAGAUCAGUCAGCUACCGGAUGUCAUUCUAAUCAGCAUUCUUUCCCUAUUGGGUAUUAGGGAUGCAGCAAGAACUUGUGUCCUCUCUAAGAGGUGGAUCUAUGUGUGGAAACAGAUUACAUGUCUCAACUUCGAUGAUAUAGAUGCAUUAUCCAAACCACAGAAGAAAAGAAGGCAACGAGUGAAAACAACAUCUAGUUACAAUUGGGUGAAUCAAGUCUUGCAAUUGCACCAUGGUCCAUCCUUAGAUGAAUUCAAAAUUCGUUCUUCCUCACUCAAUUGCAGUCCUAGUAGUUCUGAAAUCGACAAUUGGAUUGAAUUUGCAAUGUGGAGGAGAGUUCAAGGCCUUGAGAUAGAUUUGGAAGCAGGCAGACGGUCUCGUUUUUCUUCUCCCAGUUAUAUCUUUCCAGAUAAGCCAUUUAGAAGCCCUUUUGGUAUUUCCUGCAUCAAGUCCCUUAAACACCUCUCUUUGUCCUUUGUAAAUAUAACCGGCGAACUUGUUGAGCACUUUCUAUCCUACUGUGAACUCCUUGAGCAUCUCUGCAUUUCUUGCUCAGAUCAAUUAGUAAAAUUGAAAGUUGCUGGUUCAUCACUCCGGUUGAAGUUCCUACAAAUAAGUGAGUGUACGUCUUUAGGAUUAGUUGAGAUUUGGGCUCCUAAUCUCGUGUCAUUUAUUUAUAAGGGAAUGUUGGGUUAUUGUGACAGUAUUCGAUUGAGGCAUGCACCCUUGCUUGUUAAUGUAUCUCUUGCAGAAAGUACUAGGUCUAUAAUUGAACCUUUUCUUUCGGUUAAAAGUUGCAUUCCUCAGCUGGUGACUCUCAAUCGUCAUAGAUGA